CUUGAACAUUCAAUGUAGUUAUGCUUGCUAGCCUUGCUUAUCCUCGCAAAAUAUUUAAUCACAAGCAUUGAGGCCGAAACAUCCCCCCGAAACAGUGCCAGAUUAAUCACCCUGUCACAUUUUACCACCUGAAAUUAACUAUCUCUGAAAUCAGGCACGAGCAUAGGUGCUGUGAUAAGAUCUUUGGUGCCGAGAGCCUAUCCUGCAGUUGUGUGGCCACCGUAAAGGGGGUUUGUCAUGGAUCAGGAGGUUAAAAUUCAGCAGUACGUCCUUUUGGCGAAGGGAGCUCGGGGGCGAGGUCUAACUGAAAUCAUUGCAAAGGCCACGGCCGACCCAGGCGUCUUCGGCUUCGGCGAACUCUUGGAUGUGCCAAACAUAAAAGAGCUUCAAGGAACGGAUUUAUCCCCGCAUUACGCGCUGCUGCAAUUGUUUGCUUUUGGCACGUGGUCCGAUUACCAAGCGAACGCGGGGAGCUUUCCGCAGCUUUUGGAACAGCAGGUGCUGAAGCUAAAGCAGCUGACUGUGGCAUCAUUGGCCGCCAGCCAAAAGGCAAGUGCUAUGGUUUUGCCGUAUAGCCAGCUUCAGGCGUCCCUCCAGAUCGGCAGCGUGCGCGAGCUUGAGGACUUCCUGAUCAAUCACUGCUUCUAUACGGGGGUUAUAAUCGCUGGAAAGCUGGACCAGAAGCAAGCCUGCUUGCAGGUGCAUGAUGUAUUGGGUCGGGACGUGCGACCGGAGCAGCUGCCUGACCUCAUCCAGCGAAUGGCCAGAUGGAUUGCUGCGGGAGAUGAGCUGCUGAGAGCCAUUGAAGGACGAGUGUCGUAUGCGACCGCGACCAGUGAUGCGGCUCGACAGCACCGAGAGGAGCUAGAGGCGCGCAUUGAGGAGGUGAAACGAGCCAUCAAGGUGGGCUUUUGCUGGGACGCAAGGCGGCUUUGA